AUGUCGCUGCAAGACAAGCUGCAACAGAUCAUGGACACGGCGACGGCCGACGUGAGCGCAGUCAACGGCGUGCCCGGUGCGGUCAUGUACAUCGCCGACAAGACCGGCAAAGAAAUCGCAUGGGCUGCUUCGGGCGUCAAGCAAGCCGGCAAGCCGGCGCCAAUGACCAAGGACUCAAUCUUCUGGGUCGCGAGCUGCACCAAGCUCCUCACCGCCAUUGCGUGCCUGCAGCUCGUCGAACAGGGCAAGCUCGACCUGCAGGAUCCUGUCACCAAGUACGUGCCCGAGUUCGAAAGCGUCACCCUGCUCGACGGAUCCAAGCCCAAGAAGGUGCCGACACUGUGGAACUGUCUGACGCACACGUGCGGGUUGGGUUACUCGUUCUUCAACCCAGGUCUCAAGGAUCACGAGGCGAAGAAGGGCCGCAAGGUGAUCGACGCUUUCGAUGCGUCCAAGCAGAGCAUCAUGGGACCCUACGUCACUGAGCCUGGCACCGAGUGGGAGUACGGUCACGGCAUCGAUUGGGCUGGCCAGGUCGUCGAGAAGAUCUCCGGUCUCUCGCUCGACGAGUACUUCCAGAAGAACAUCUUUCAGCCCGUCGGCAUCAAGCACGCUAGCUUCCUGCCCAAGAAGGCGGGCUUGACGGACAAGCUGGUGGGCUCGCACUAUCGCAAUCCGGAAGGCAUCGUUUCGGCCAACGACCAUUGGAUGCAGCCUGACGAGUCCAAGAUCGAAGUGCAGUACGGCGGUGCGGGACUGUGGGCCAACGCCGCCGAGUACUGCCAGGUGCUCAUCGCGCUCCUCAACGGCGGCACGCAUCCCAAGACCGGCGGCCAGAUUCUGACUCAAGCGAGCGUCGACGAGCUGGUCAAGGAGCAGCUUACGGGCAAGCUGCAGGAGGACAUCGACCGCGAGUUCCCUAACACCGACCCGACCAUCACCAACUACUUCGAAGGGUGCACCGUCAAAGGCGUGCCCAAGACAUGGGCGCUCGGCGGGCUGAGGCUGCAGACGCAGCACCCCAUGUUCAAGUUCAGCGACAAGACACUCUUCUGGUGCGGCAUUCAGAACUCGUACUGGUGGGCGGACUUCAAGGAUGGAACGUGCGGCAUGUUACAAUCGCAGAUCGGCCCGUUCCUCGACAUGGGCACGCUGGGUAUUAUGGCUCAGAUCGAGCCGCAGGUGCAUGCUUUGUACGCACAGUAG